AUGGAGCUGGCCACGCUGGUAACGCUGGAGAACGGAGGCGCCACGGCCAUCCCCGACGAGGCGGGGGGCGGCGUCGGGGGGCGCCGGCGCCGGGGGGACCUGCUGCAGCUGCCCCCCUCGGCCUCCUCGUGGCUGAGCGGGUGCGGCGGCGAGGAGGGCUGCCCGCAGGCGGCCGAGCGGCCCCCGGACGAGGCGGCGCUGGCGCCCGAGGAAGGCCACCACCGGCUGGGCAUGGCCAUGGCGCGGGGGGGGUCCCUCUCCGGCGGGGCCUCCUCGGCGGCGGCCCCGGGGGAGGAGGAGGAGGAGGUGGACGGGGGCGGCGCGGGGGGCCCCCUGCCCGGCCAGCAGCGCGUGCUCAUCAACAUCUCCGGGCUGCGCUUCGAGACGCAGCUGGGCACCCUCAACCAGUUCCCGGACACGCUGCUGGGCGACCCCCAGAAGCGCAUGCGCUACUUCGACCCCCUGCGCAACGAGUACUUCUUCGACCGCAACCGGCCCAGCUUCGACGGCAUCCUCUACUUCUACCAGUCCGGGGGCAAGCUGCGCCGCCCCGUCAACGUCUCCAUCGACGUCUUCGCCGACGAGAUCCGCUUCUACCAGCUGGGCGAGGAGGCCAUGGAGCGCUUCCGCGAGGACGAGGGCUUCAUCAAGGAGGAGGAGCGGCCCCUGCCCGCCAACGAGUUCCAGCGCCAGGUGUGGCUCAUCUUCGAGUACCCCGAGAGCUCCAGCUCGGCCCGGGGCAUCGCCAUCGUCUCCGUCCUCGUCAUCCUCAUCUCCAUCAUCACCUUCUGCCUGGAGACCCUGCCCGAGUUCCGCGACGAGCGGGAGCUCCACGUCCCCCUCCUCGCCCCCCUCAACGCCACCCCCGGGGAGGCGCCCCCGCCCCCCCAGCAGCCCCCCAGCACCCUGACCGACCCCUUCUUCAUCAUCGAGACCACCUGCGUCAUCUGGUUCACCUUCGAGCUGCUGGUGCGCUUCUUCGCCUGCCCCAGCAAGCCCGAGUUCUCCAGGAACAUCAUGAACAUCAUCGACAUCGUGGCCAUCAUCCCCUACUUCAUCACCUUGGGCACGGAGCUGGCCCAGGAGCAGCAGAAGAAGGAGCAGCCCGGCAGCUCCAGCAACGGGGGCCAGCAGCAGGCCAUGUCCCUGGCCAUCCUCCGGGUCAUCCGCCUGGUCAGGGUCUUCCGCAUCUUCAAGCUCUCCCGGCACUCCAAGGGGCUGCAGAUCCUGGGGCAGACUUUGAAGGCCAGCAUGCGGGAACUGGGCCUCCUCAUCUUCUUCCUCUUCAUCGGGGUGAUCCUCUUCUCCAGCGCCGUCUAUUUCGCCGAGGCCGACGACCCCGAUUCGCAUUUCUCCAGCAUCCCCGAUGCCUUCUGGUGGGCGGUGGUCACCAUGACCACGGUGGGCUACGGAGACAUGAGGCCCGUCACAGUAGGGGGCAAGAUUGUGGGCUCCUUGUGUGCCAUCGCGGGCGUGCUCACCAUUGCCCUUCCCGUCCCUGUGAUUGUGUCCAACUUUAACUACUUCUACCAUCGGGAAACAGACCACGAAGAGCAGGCCAUCCUCAAGGAUGAGCCCAGUAGCACGCAAGGUAGCUCAGCCGGGGACUUGAAGAGACGCAUGAGCAAAAACUCUUUGGACAAAUCUGUUGUGCACUUGGAGAACGUAGAAGGGGCCCACAACAGGACUGGAUCGGUAGAGAAAGCCAAUAUUAAAGCUAAAAGCAGCGUAGAUCUCAAAAAAUCUCUCUAUGCACUCUGUCUAGACACCAAUAGGGAAACAGACUUAUAGGGCAUGGGACGCCG